AUGUUUGCUCAACGUUUUACUAGUAUAGUAUCACGAAGAUAUGUAUCAACAGUUGCUGAUCUCUAUAAAGGACUGAUUAAUGGUGAUCGAGGUUGUUUAGCAAGAAGUAUUACAUUAGUAGAAUCAACUCAUCACGAAAAACAACAAAAAGCAAAGGAAUUACUUGGUCAAGUUUUACAAGAACUUAAACAACGACAAGAAAAACAACCAAAGACACCGAUUAGUUUUAGAAUAGGUUUAUCCGGAAGCCCUGGUGCUGGAAAAUCAACUUUUAUCAAUGUUUUUGGUCGAUUUUUGAUAAAUCAAGGACAUAAAGUAGCUGUAUUAACUGUUGAUCCAUCAUCAUCUACUACUGGAGGUUCGAUUCUCGGUGAUAAAACACGAAUGUUGGAUCUGUCACGCGAACCAAAUGCAUAUAUUCGUACAUCACCAUCAGCUGGUACAUUAGGUGGUGUGACUCGAACAACAAAUGAUGCUAUUGUUCUCUGUGAAGCUGCUGGUUAUAAUAUUAUUCUAGUCGAAACUGUUGGUGUUGGACAGUCUGAAUUUGCUGUUGUAGAUAUGGUUGAUAUGUUCUGUGUUUUACUUCCACCAGGAUCAGGCGAUGAAUUACAAGGUAUGAAAAAAGGAAUUAUGGAAUUAGUCGAUUUAGUAAUUAUAACAAAAGCUGAUGGAGAAUUAAUGCCAGAAGUUCGUCGUCUACAAACUGAUUGGUCAAGUGCUCUUAGAUUAAUGCGUCGUCGUUCUCCAUAUUGGAAACCGAGAGUCAUAUCAGUUUCGUCACGUACAAAUACUGGUAUUGAUAAAUCUUGGGAACAAAUGUUACAGUUUGAAACUGCAAUGAUUAAAUCAGGUGAAUUAAUGACUAAACGUUCUCAACAACUUCGAAAAUGGAUGUGGAAUAAUAUAAAAGAUCGAAUACUUGAACAAUUUUUGGACGAUGAAGAUAUACAAAAAGCAAUUCAAACUUACGAAGAACGUGUUACUCGUGGACUUAUAACACCAUUUGUAGCUGCUGAUGCUAUUUUGACUCUUUUUGCCAAAGUAAAACUGGACAAUAAUACAUAA